AUGAAUAACUCAACAGACGCAACGUUACAGCAAGAUGGUUGUAAUGACAAUGGAGAAGAAACUUUAAGAAUUACUCGUAUGAUUGUGUAUAUAUCUGUAUCGCUGGCAUCAUACUUUGGAAAUAUUCUAAUUCUUGUCAGCUUAAGAAAAUUUCCAGACUUUUUGAAAGGAACACCUUACAUCCUAUUAGGGAAUUUAGCUGUAGCAGAUAUACUUCUAGCUAUUGGACUUACCUUUCAAAUUAUUAGAAUCAUUUUUCAUCCAUUUGAUGGUGAGAUGUUCGUCUGCGCAAUAAACACGUGUUGUAUUGGAAUAUCUAUUGCAACCUCUGGGUUAUUGUUAAUGUUUAUAUCUGUGGACAGAUUUUGUGCAAUCGUGUUCCCAAUGAAACAUUUAAUUCAUUCAACGAAAGUGAAAUGUAGACGAAUAAAACUUGUGCUUGUAUGGGUAAUAUCGGUGACCUUUAUCUUCACUAUGAGACUCUCUAAUCUGAAACGAUCAGAAAUAAGUACAUGUGAUCAAUGUGAGACGACACCAAAAGAGGUAUCGCUUAUUGCAGCAGUUUUUAUGACUCUACAAUUUAUCAUGAAUAUUGUUAUGUGCUUAAUUGUUAAACAGAGACUUAAAUCAAAUUCCAUGUCAAACCAAAAGUAUCAGAAAGCUAUGGUAAAAUGUGGCCUGCUAAUACGGGUGUAUAUCGUUUUUGCGUUGUGUUGGACACCAUAUGUUGUGACAGUUAUAGCAAUGGCGGCAUCAAAAGAUAAAGACAAGUACGCGGAUGUACGAUCAUAUACCAUUAUUCCGGGUCUCAUGAAUUCGUCAAUGAAUUGGAUAAUCUAUGGCCUUUCAAAUAAAAAACUUCGAGAUUCUUUCAAACAUGUUUUACUUUGCAAAAAUCAAAGACAGAUGCUUUCGUCGAAAUAUAUCAAGACAAAAGUUUCUGAAAAAAUGGAAAAUGAUAAUUAUUCCGCUGCAAUUCCAUCCUAUGAAGACUCGAUCACAUGA